CGCUCGCCAGCCGCUCACGGGCAGAUCACGUCGCUGAGCGGAGAUCGGGCGCGAGUGAGUGCAAAGUCUGGCGGAUGCCUUGUGAAAAUGUGCGCUAAACGGCGUGAAAGAAGAAGAGUGCGCGGAGGACAUGUGCGGAACAGAAGACGAGCACGAGCGACCGCGGCCUCCACUUGUGCUCCCCGCUGCAGACGCCUGUGAUGAUCUUCAUCCUGAGCAACAGGAACCAGAGUCAACGCACAUAAAGGAGGAAGAGGAGGAGGAGCCCCCUUACGUUAUCAUGGAAGUACAGCCAGAUCCCCUUCACCUUAAAGAGGAAGAGGAGGACGGAGAGACCCUCUACAUUAAGGAGGAAGAGGAGCACAACCUCAUCAAGUUUCCAUUGACCUUUGUUCCUUUUAAGAGUGAAGAAGAUGAAGAUAAAGGUCAAAGUGAAGCCAACCGAGGGGCGGAGCCUCCAAGCAGCAGCUCAAGUCAACACAUGACAACAGAAGGUGAUGGCGGAUCCCAAUCAGACCGCCUCUUAGCUCCGCUAUCAGAUAGUGACGACAUAACGUCACACUCUCAUGAUCAUGAUGAUGACGGUGAUGAGGAUGAAUACCCCAACGGUGAUAUGACAUGUCACACUGAUCAUACACGAUGGGAAUGUUCUCUUUGUGGAAAAACAUUUCGUUCAAAGGGCAGUUUGAGAUUACACAUGAGAAUCCAUACUGGAGAGAAACCUUUUCCCUGUGCGGUUUGCGGGAAACGAUUCAAAUUGAAGAGAGAUUUAAAAACCCACACAAGAACACACACUGGGGAGAAACCAUUUGCCUGCUCAGUUUGCGAUCAACGAUUCUCUCAAAUGGGAAACUUAAGGAAACAUGCAAGAACACACACCGGGGAGAAACCCUUUUGCCUGCGCAGUUUGCGAGAAAAAAUUUGCUUUGAAGAAAAACUUAACAUCACAUACAAGAACACACACUGGAGAGAAGCCUUUUGCAUGCUCAUUUUGUGAGAAAAGAUUCACUUUGAAGAAAAAUUUAACAACGCAUGUAAGAAGGCACACUGGAGAGAAACCUUUUGUGUGUUCAGUUUGUGAGAAACGAUUCAUUUUAAAGACAGAUUUGAUGAGACACACAAGAACACAUACUGGAGAGAAACCUUUUGCUUGCUUAGUUUGUCAUGAAAGAUUCAGUGCAAAGACAACUUUAGUCACACACACACAAAUGCACACUGGAGAAAAACCUUUUGCCUGCUCAGUUUGUGGUCAAAGUUUCACUUUGAAAGGAGAUUUAGUAACACACACAGUAACGCACUCUAGAGAGAAGGCUUUUGCAUGCUCAAUUUGUGGUCAAAGAUUCGCAACGAAGACAAAUUUAACAACACACACAAGAACACACACUGGGGAGAAACCUUUUGCCUGUCCAGUUUGCGGGCAAAGAUUUUCUAUGAAGGCAAAUUUAACAAGACACGCAAGAACACACACAGGUGAGAAACCAUUCAGUUGCAGUGUGUGUGACCGAAGAUUCUCGAGUAAGCAUCAUGUUAAGAGACACAAGUGUGUUGUUGAGAUGAGCAGUGUUGAAUGAAGCUUUAAGCAGAUUGGAAAAAAAAAAAA